UGUAGAAACUGGGAAAGAAAAAAAAAAAAGAAAAAACCCAUCGAAAGAUGGAUGGUUAGUCUGUUACCAAAUAACUUUCCAUCUACUAUAUUUUUUUUAAAUCAAAAUUUCUAAAACAUGACAAUUCUUCCAACAUUGUUAUCUUCUUCAAACCCUUUUUCUUUCUCCCGUCGAAUUCUCCCUAAAACCCCCAAAUCAUGUUAUCCCAAAACCAAGAUUUCAAGAAACACCCAAUAUGGCAUAAACAACAAGAAAGCCAUGGCAGCUUUGAUGGGAGCUGGGUUUGCCUUAACAACACCCCUUUUUGUGGGACCUGCUUCUGUACUUGCUGCUGAGUUGCCAUUGUUGGUGGGCUCAUCAAUGCAACUCACUGAACCUUCAAAUGCUCUCUCACUUCCUACUUGGGCUAUCCAUGUUUCAAGUGUUGUUGAAUGGGUUGCAGCAAUGAUCUUAGUAUGGCAAUAUGGAGAGAAAUCUGGAUAUCAAUCAUGGAAGGGGCUUUCUUGGGGUAUGGUGCCCCUGCUUGGUGGAGCGUUUUGCGCGUGUACUUGGCAUUUCUUUUAUAACUCGGAAUCACUUGAAAUACUGGUUGCUAUUCAAGGGGCAUUGACGGUUAUUGGCAAUACUACAAUGUGCAUAGCCGCAUACAAAAUCUAUAAAUCGUCACAAGAACGCUCCACUGGUACAUAAGAAUAUGUAUUCACUUCCAGAAUCUUCAUAUUUUAAUCCUUAAGGUAAAUACUUCUUAAUCUUAUUUUCAUCUGUAGACCAUUUACCCCUCAACUUCAAUUGCAUUUGUAGAGUAGCAAAAAGGAAAAGAACACAGAUAACUUCCACUUUUGUGGCUGCUAUUGAUAAUAAUCUUAUUACGAUUGUCAGAAAGUGUUGAAAGUAUAAUCUUUAUAAAAGUUAUAUUGUUAUAGGUGGAAAUGCAUUGUCUGUAUUUACUGAAA